AGAGACACAGCGUGAGAGGUUCCUCCCUGCACUCCCACCAUGCGCACUCUUAUUGUCUUUACACUCCUGGCUUUCCUCGUGAUGGUUGCUACUUGCUAUGAGUCCCACGAGAGCAUGGAAUCCCAUGAAUAUCUCCAUCCCUUCAUCAACAGGAGGAGGGCCAAUGACUUCAUACAACCUGAUACGAGACUAGAAGGCCUGUCUCAGGAGAGGAUCAGGGAACGUAUGAAGGCCCCCCAGGAACGUCAGAGAGAGAUGUGCGAGGACUAUUACCCCUGUGAACGCUAUGCUUAUCACCAUGGCUAUGCUGCUGCUUACAGGCACUAUUUUGGGAGGAGGAGGACUAAGUAAAGGAAGUUUAGUCUUCACCUUGGGGCCUGGAGCCCAAGGUAUCCUCCCCGAAA